CCCCACUGUGCUGGCAUGAAAAUCUGUUAGAACAUGAGUAAUUCUUUUUGUCCCCUUUCACAAGACACUAAACCCUAUUUACUGCCGUGGGGAUACUCAGUGGCCACCAACAGCAGACUGCGGUUGCACUUGGAAACUCCAGUUCUCUUGGGCCGGACCACAUAAUGACAGACCUGCUGUAUAUGAAAGGACCUUGCCCAUGCGUCCUCUCCCUGUCACCUCCCUCUUCAUUGGCCUUUAUAAGCCUCUUGCACAGGGUCGGGGGGGGCGGCACUACUUUAAAAGAAGGAUUGUAAACGGGCAUCUGGAAGGCUAGCUAGUUCUCCUGUCUAAACUUUAACCAUGGACAACCAUUCAUACAACUUCCCCUCGGACUGCACACCGCUCACCAACUGUAAGUCUGCCCGUAAGCCGGCUGGAUCCACGGUGGUGAACAUGGGCAACACUGGCAAGAAUCCUCCCAAGGACUAUCUCGUCUGGUCGCUGUGCAACACCUUGUAUGUUAACUUCUGCUGCCUGGGAUUCAUGGCUCUCAUCUACUCCAUCAAGGCCAGGGACCAGAAGACUCAGGGAAACCUGCAGAUGGCCCAGGAGUGUUCAGACAAGGCCAAGUGGUACAACAUCCUGGCAGCCGGCUGGAACCUCCUCAUUCCACUUCUGGCCAUCGUCCUGCUCGUCCUCCUUCUCAUCCACCUCGGCUCAUCCCAGGGCUCCUUCGACUUCUUCGGAGAGGAUGGCUUCCAAAACUUCAUGAAACUGUUCAGCUGGUAGAUGGAGUAGAAGGGAGAGAAAUUUAAAAAAAAAAGCAGGUUGCAGCAGAUAAGGACUGACAUAAUGGUUCCAAAGAAAUUUUGCCAGUCGAAGGUGAGGGAUAAAGAUAAAAGUCUAAUUUUGAAUGGAAAUCAGGUCCUAAAAUCUGCUCAGCACCAAAACAAUCCUAAUUGACAAGAAAGAAAAGUAAACCUUUGUUUGUGUGUUAUACGAGUGUCGUCUUUGGGAUGCACUGGUAUCAGAUAUUACGCCAUUAAAAGUCUAAAACAAGGAAUUCAAAUGAUAUACACACAAAGAUAAACGAUAGAUAAACGCGUGUAACUUUUGGACCAGUGACCUGUAACUAAUGAUCAAAGCUUAUGUUGUUCAGUAAAAGCAAACAUGAGUACAUGCUAUCAGUGCAUCCAUAAUUCUAAUGUCAGUAUUAGUGGGACUUCCUGCCAGUCUCCCAGACAGGGUCAGUAGAGAUGUGAAGUUGAUCAAAGACUGAACAGCCUAAAGUAGAAAAGAAGGGAACAAGACAGACUAGGAACUAAAUCCAGGUUGAGAGAUAGAGCAAGCAGCUACUCUGGGUCAUUAGUUAUUUAUUGUAUUUAUGUGGGAUGGAAAUUAUAAUGACAGCUGAAAUAUCUCUAGUCAGUAUAUCAAGAGGAGAAAGAGCAGAGAGAACAGAGGACUGUGGAGCCAAAGUCUGUACAUCACGAUGAUGAGAAGUCACUUGUCAAAGGACAAUCAACGUUCACCUCCCAUUGUUAGUCACAUAUUUUUCCUCUUGCAGCUUUACAGCUUUUUUUUAACAUUCAGCCAUGCAUCUAUUUUUUUGCCUUAUUAAGUAUUUUGCUGUGUUUUUUUUUUUUUUUUAAUUUUACAUCAUAUUGUUGCUGACAAUUUGUGAGUGAGCUAAAUAAACUAGA